GACCGCGGCUCCCGGAAGCACCGGGAACCGGAGCGAGCCGAGCUGGGCCGGCGAAAGGAGAAAGCCAAGAAAUGUCUGCCAAUUUAAAGUACCUUUCCUUGGGCAUCCUGGUUUUUCAGACCACGAGUUUAGUGCUGACCAUGCGCUAUUCUCGGACGCUGAAAGAAGAAGGACCUCGCUACUUAUCCUCCACUGCAGUAGUUAUUGCUGAACUUCUGAAGAUUUUGGCCUGUGUUCUAUUAGUCUACAAAGACAGCAAAUGCAAUUUACGGACUCUGAACAGGGUGCUACAUGAUGAAAUCCUUAACAAACCCAUGGAAACCCUUAAACUUGCUAUUCCUUCAGGAAUUUACACUCUUCAGAACAACUUGCUAUAUGUAGCAUUGUCAAACCUAGAUGCAGCCACAUACCAGGUUACAUAUCAACUGAAGAUUCUCACCACAGCAUUAUUUUCUGUGUCCAUGUUGAGCAAGAAACUGGGUGUAUACCAGUGGCUGUCACUUGUAAUAUUGAUGACAGGAGUGGCAUUCGUGCAGUGGCCGUCAGACUCUCAAGCAACACCUGCUAAAGAGCACUCAGCAGGAUCACAGUUUGUAGGCCUGAUUGCAGUUCUCAUAGCGUGCUUUUCUAGUGGAUUUGCUGGGGUUUAUUUUGAGAAAAUUUUAAAGGAAACCAAGCAGUCUGUGUGGAUCAGAAACAUUCAGCUUGGAUUUUUUGGUAGCAUAUUUGGACUGAUGGGUGUUUACAUUUAUGAUGGAGAACAAGUGUCAAAGAAUGGAUUUUUUCAAGGAUACAAUAAACUUACUUGGGUGGUGGUUGUUCUGCAGGCACUUGGAGGGCUAGUGAUUGCUGCUGUUAUAAAAUAUGCGGACAACAUUUUAAAGGGAUUCGCAACUUCUCUCUCUAUUAUACUGUCAACACUGAUCUCCUAUUUCUGGCUGCAAGAUUUUGUCCCUACAAGUGUCUUUUUCCUCGGAGCCAUCCUUGUAAUAGCAGCUACUUUUCUAUAUGGUUAUGAUCCCAAACCUGCAGGAAAUCCCAUUAAGGCAUAGCAGACCUCCUCAUCAACCUGCUUCUGGAGAUGGUGCACUGGGGGCCUUGCUAGCACUGGCACGUGGCGAGUGUCAGCGUGCGCUGCAGGGGAAGGAUGACUGCCCUGAACGGAUUGAAGAAAUGCUGAUGAGUAGUUCCGAACAGCCAGAGGGAUUACAGGUGCAGGGUGACGCUGUCUCUAACCGAAGGGGGGGAAAAUGUCAGGGGAAUGCCCGGUGCAACUUGAUAAUAAAAACUUGAAAGGAACCAAAAGUUUCCAAGAAGCUACAAUUCGGAAUGUUUACAGCUUUGACUAAGAUUGCAUCAAAAGAAUGACUGUAUUGACUGCUGCAGAAAUAUGUCCUAUGCACUCUUUGAAAGAGCACACGACAACAUUGUCAGAUUGUAUGUUUUUGCGAUUCGAUUCUAUUUAAUCUCAGUAAAUAUGUUUUUAACUGUUUGUCUAUUUACGUGAAAUGAGCUGAACGUCAUAAUUCUAAAGUGAUGGUUCUAAUUAAGUACUCCUUAUUAAAACUGUGAAGAUUGAAAUAUGAUUGAAAGACACUUUCACAGUAUCAAAUAUUUUUAUACUUUUAGAAGGCUGAUUUAAUAACAGAAAUCUGUUAUUAAAUGGUAAUAUUACAAUUCUGUUGCUUCUACAAAACUACUGUAAGAAUGGUAACAUUCUUACCGAAGUACAAAGGUAGGAGUGCUCCAGCACAUCAGCCUGUAACGUUGGAGCAGCUGGAAUAACUCUGGGAACAAUGGCUGGAGGUUGCUGCGCUAACCUGAGAGCAGGAGUAGGGUUAUGAUUGGUGCUUGCUCAGAUGUAAUGUUCAUUCUUGUUAUUUUACUGAUUAUAAAUCAGCUUCUUGGUAGAACCUUAAAAGUAGUUUUUGUGCUUUAAAUAGCCUCUGAAGAGUUUUUUAAACCAUGAUUUAAAAAAAACAAAGAGUCCAUAAAUAAGCAUUUUAAAGACAUUAUCAUUGUCUGCAACGGCUCCAUCUGGAGAUAUUAUGGUCUGGCAUCUGUAUACUGUACUGUACUGUACUUUAUUACAGAGGUGUUUUUUAAACAAGUGUUUUUUGUUUACUCAUGAACUCUUCCAGGCUUUUUCUGUAUAUUUCUUUGUAAUGGCUUAAUUAGCAUUUCGGUGGGGUUUUUUUAAUUAUUAUUUUGUUCCGGGAGUCCUUGAGCCAACAAACCAAAAUGGGUUUUCUGGACCUAUUUGUUCUAGUAGUGGAAUUACUUUAAUAGGAAAUAUAAUUAAAAAACAAUUAAUUGUGCAAUAGGUAAAUGUAAAAGCAUGCUGUUAUUCUGUUUCAAACAACAAAAAAACUUCACAAAGAAACCUUGCUGCAAUUAGAUCAAUUAGACUGUUAUGAACACUUCACUUGAAGCAUUUGCAUAUAGUCAGAAAUACUAAAAAAAUCUGUAACUAAUAAACUAAAAAACCAUCGUAAAAAUCAUUCGUUUUCAGGAGACUGUUCACAAUGGUUGUUAAUGUUGGGUGACCCAUGUGACACCUGUGAUGGUACAUUUUGUAUAAAAAUAAAUCAGGAGUCCCUUACCAGUAGAAUGGCGAGUGGUAAAAACGUCUUUAUUCUCUUGUUCCCCACCAUCACUCCCUUCAUGCUUUUUCUCACAUUUGUCUUGUACUAAAGAAAACGUGUAAGAGAAAGGUGUUCUAAAAUGUUUACCAAAGUACCUCAUCUGAUUGACUAGGAGAUUCUGUAGGAGUGCUCUGAGAUUUCUUAGUGAAAUGUUGUAAACGUGAAAGAAAGAAUUCCCCAUAUGUCACUCAAGUAAAAAGUGUUUUUCUUCUGUUGGCAAUUACAUGUUCUAUCAAGGUUUUGUUUGUUUUCCUUAUCAGAGCAAGACAUUAAAGAAUUAUCAGAGCUCUGCCUCGGGCUUGCUAAGCUUUGUGAACUGUGAAUCUGUCCCAGCGUGUUGUAAUUGCAGGAGCUUUGCUACUUGGCAGUCAAAACUAUCUAAAUGGGCAUUCUAUGUAAAUAUUAAAUGUUUUAUGUGUAACAUACAAUGUGGCACAGUCUUUGGAAAGUCACAUUUAGCUAUUUCCCCCUGCAGUGCAGCCUGAGGUAAGACAUGUGCAUAGAGCAGCGGCUCAGUGCGGAAUGGGACCUGCAGGGCUCUGAAAUGAGGUGGGAAGUGUUGGCAGUAAUCUUUCAAAUGGAGUUUGGCCCUACACGGUAAUACUUUUGAUUUCAGGAGUCACAGUAGUGGGAAUAUUCAAGUGAUAUAGUUGGUUACUUUCCUAAGAAGCAGAUUGAGAACAGUUUAAAGUGGCUUGUACAGGAAGGGACCAAAAAAGCCAAAUAAUUACCAAAUGUGGCUGGAGCUCUGUGACAUGUAGCCUGGUUUUAAUAUUUCAGGUGCAUCUGUCAAUAUUUGCUAGUAAGGAUGUUUAAAGGAAAGACCAGGAAUAUGUGCUCUUUGCUUUGGAACAGGAUGCCAUGCGGCUUUGGAAAACUGCCUGCUGUACUAAGGAACAGCAACUCCUGUCUGUAAAUCAGUGACUUCCAUGCUUUUCACUUGACAGCCCAAUUCUGUUUUCCAGCAGAAGGAUAGAUCUCAUCAUAGACUUGCUGCUGAAAAGGAAAAAUGAAUUUGCAUAUUUUAGCCGUGUUUCCUCAGCCUUUGACGAGCUGAGGAAGGGUCUUUGAGGUGUGACUGGCCAAGGGGAGGUAGCACGUGUUUUGUGAGAACAGAAAGGAUUUGGGGAGAUCUUACUUAUUUGUGUAACCUUUGCAUCGGAGAGCAUAUGCACAUUUUCUCACUGAGAUACUUUUGCAUUUGGAUUUUAAUUUUUUUUAAGUAGCUUUAAGUCUAUAACUCAUUAACUAACCAAAGAGGAAUAGCUAGCACAGAGCUUUGGGAAGUAGUGGAUAAUGUGCUUUGAGUUUGCCCUAAAAGCAAAUGCUAUAGGAGUUUAACUUCCCCAAAAUAAACUUGUCUUUCUGAACUACUUUUCUGACUUUUAGAAAUGGUUUUGUUAGUUUAGUUGUACAUUUAGGAGGCUACCCUAUACUUAGCAGAAUUUUGUUUAAAUAUUUAUAAAGUUAUAGAAAUUCUAGCUAGGUAUUUAUUUGCAAUAAGUUGAAUUAUGUGAUUUUUCUUUCUAGAUAUAUAUUGGGUGUACUAGUAUUUAUUGAAUACUUGGGUAUUUGGUAGUUUUAUUUGAGAAUCUCUGGGAUAUGUGAUAAAUGGUCAUAUAAGGAUAAAGUUAGUACUAUCUUCAAAGCAAAAUAGAUCAGUUCAGUGGUGAGAAACCUUGAGUCUAAUAAAGUAAGUUAAACUUUUCUUUCAACAUUGUACUUCUAAGCAAUCCACAAGUGCCCAAAAAUGUAUUUUCUCAAAGAAUUCAGAUAAAUAUAUAUAGUUUUAUUCAACUUCAUUGUUUUAGCCAAACUUUAGGAAGACCUCCCUUUUUAUUUGUUUCAGUAAAAGGUAGAUUAAUAUUCUAUAUUCAACCUCUACAGUAUAGCACCUUCAUUUUUUUACUACAAUGUUUUAGUAACUCUUGUUUUAUUUUUCUUCAAAAAGACAAAACUCUCAUUUUGCUUGUGUUUCAUGCAUAUACAGGCCUCUCACAGACUCUUAGUAGUAUGUAAUUCUUUUGUGUUUCUAACUUAUUUUUAUGGCUGUAUUUCAAAAUACUGUAAUAGAUUUUGUUCUUUUUAAAAAAAAAUUAUAAAUGAAACAUUGCAUUUCUUCUGGUUUUUGUUGUCAGUAACUUUCAUAUUUGAAUGUAUUUAAUGAUCAGCCCUGCGUGUUCUGUUGUAUUUAAGCAAUCUUCAUUUUCUGAAUUUGAAUUUCUUGCUCAUUUUCCUCCUGGUGACAAUCUUUCUUGCUGGAUAUUGUGUUGAGGAGAAUUAUUAAUUCCUUUCAUAUCUGAAAUCUAUGUUUUGUGAGAAUUGAGUUAUUAAAAAACAGGGGGGGGGAGUUGUGUAUCAGAAAGGUAACAUUUAUGUAUAACAUGGUAUUAUAUAAGUGUAAUAUGUCAUUACCUAAGGUGAUGCAUUAUUGUGAGAAAGUCCAAGUAGUGUUUCCAUGUCUUUGUUUUACUUGUUCUUUUCAUUUUUAAUGCUGAUUAUUUUCCACAGGAAAAGAGUCCUGCUCUUUCCAGGUAAGCUCAUUGUAUGUUUUUAGAUAUCUAGAAUUAAGACAUUUUACUGAAGAAAAAUUCAGGGCAAAAUGCAACAAAUACUUGGAAUUGAUUAGAUCAUAUCUUCUGCUUCAGUUAUAGUCCAAAGUUCUGUUCAGUUGAAUUCUUAACUUUUUCUAAGUAUUUCUCAGCUGAAUUUAUAACUCUUUCUAGAAGAAAGGAACCUGUCCUGACUUGCUUGUUCUUGUACUUGAAUGUCUGCUGCACAUUUGCAUCCAAGAGUACAUUAAUGUAAUGGCACAUUAACUCAUCUUCCACCUCCCGUCAUCAUUCUGUCUGUAAUUAGCCAUAUUCAUUUCAUUAGUGAUUUAUAGCUCAGAAAGAAUUGCUUGUAUGCUAAGCAUAUGUUUGUAUUUGCUGCCAUGAGUAUAAUUUUUUUAGAUUUUUUUAAACUUUCUCUUUAUUGUCAACAUAUGAGCCCAAAUAGAAAUCAUUUAUUCAAACAUUGUAGCAAACUUUUUAAGGUAGUUUUAGGUUUUUGUAUGUUGAUGUUGAUAUUUAUGUGAUUACACUGAAUACAAUCCUAAUAUACGGUGUUUCCAGGCAGUUUGAAAAAGAUUUU